AUGAAAGGAAAACAUUUAAAGAAGAAUUUCAUGAUUCAGAAGAUUAUAAAAAAAAAGAAUGAAAAGGAUGAAAUUCCUACUGAGAAUUCUGUUGAUGCUUCCUUAGUUGGAAUUGAAUUAAUUUUCCGCUGCUUUUCUCUGCUUCAUUCGUCUAUUCAACAACUUGGUUUUAAUGGCGUUGCUUAUAUUUUGAUGAAUGGAAUAGCUAAAGAAGAAAAUAUUGAAAGAAGGAUUGUUAUAUUGCGCAGAAAAACAAUCCAUCAUCAUGUCAACGAAAAUGAAAUAAUUUCGUUUCAAUUCAAUUUUCCCAUCCUCCCGUUACGCAUCGUCGACAAAGCAUCUUACUUCAAGUGCAUGAGCUAA